AUGCUGCGGCAUCAAAGCUCCUGGCAUAUUGAUUCUGGAAGAUGCUGCUGUCAUCAGAACCUUUUGUCUGUGGUGGUAAUUUACAUCCUGUUCCUGGAUUCCUGGGUUCUCACAAGCCGUUUAAAUGAAACAGGUCUGGAGUUGAGGCUGACUGGGGAAGACAGUCUCUGCUCUGGGAGAGUGGAGGUGAAGUUCCAGGGGGAGUGGGGAACUGUGUGUGACGAUGGGUGGAACUCCGCUGCCAUGGCCGUCGUGUGCAAGCAGCUGGGAUGUCCAUUUGCUUUCACCACAUCUCUCAGAAGACCCUUGACUGGAUAUGGAAAAAUUUGGCUUGAUGAUGUCAAAUGUUAUGGGAACGAGUCAGCUCUCUGGGAGUGCCAACACCCGAACUGGGGAGUCCAUGACUGCACCCAUAGAGAAGAUGCUGGUGUGAGCUGUUAUGAUAUGGAAAAUUUUGACCUGAGGCUAGGGGGUGGAAGCAGCUCCUGUUCGGGGAGACUGGAGGUGAAAUUCAGAGAAAGAUGGGGGACCGUGUGUGAUGACGGCUGGAACUCGAAUGCUGCCACUGUGGCAUGCAGACAACUGGGAUGCCCAUCUUCUUUCGUGUAUCCUGGUGAUGUUGACAGCCCUGCUACAUUUGACCCCAUAUGGCUCGAUGGUGUUUCAUGCCAUGGAAAUGAGUCAGCACUCUGGAACUGCAGUCACCAUGGAUGGGGAAAUCAUGACUGCAGUCACCACGAGGACACCACAUUAACUUGUGCCGAUAGUGCCGAUCUAGAACUAAGGCUCGUGGGUGGACACAACCGCUGUGUGGGAAGAGUAGAGCUGAGGGUCCAAGGAAGGUGGGGGACCAUAUGUCACCGGAACUGGAACAAUGCUGCCGCUGAUGUUGUGUGCAAACAGCUGGGGUGUGGACCCGCACUUCAUUUUGCUGGCUUACCUCACAUGGAACCAGGGUCUGGGACCAUAUGGCUGGAUGAUGUCUCCUGCUCUGGUAAUGAAUCUUUUCUUUGGGACUGCAGACAUUCUGGAUGGAUCAAUCCUUUCUGUGUUCAUGAGAAGGAUGUGUCUGUGAUAUGCUCAGAUGGAGCAGAUUUGGACCUGCGACUGGCAGAUGGAAGCAGCAAUUGUUCUGGAAGAGUAGAGGUGAGAAUCCAUGAACAGUGGUGGACCGUAUGUGACCAUGACUGGAAUAAUAAAGAAGUCACCGUGGUUUGUAAACAGCUAGGAUGUCCAUUUAAUGCCUCUAGCCGCCUCUAUGUUGAACCUAGUGAGGAAUUUAAAGCCAUCUGGAUAAACAGAAUAUCUUGCACUGGAAAUGAGUCAGCUCUCUGGGACUGCAGAUAUGAUGAAAAUGCACGCCUACCAUGUCUCCAAAGAUCAGAUGCUGGAGUGAGGUGUUCUGGUAAGAUGGAUCUGGAAAUAAGACUCAGGGGGGGAUACAGCCGUUGCUUUGGGAGAGUGGAAGUCAAAUACCGAGGAGAAUGGGGGACAGUGUGUCAUGACAAGUGGAGCCAAAGGAAUACAGCUAUUGUGUGCAAACAGUUGGGAUGUGGAAAGCCCAUCUAUAUGUCUGGGAUGACUCAUUUUGCGCAAACAUCAGGACCUAUUUGGCUGGAUGACGUUUCUUGCAUUGGAAAUGAGCAGCAUAUCUGGAACUGUAAACAUCUCGGAUGGGGAAAGCAUAACUGUGUACACAGAGAGGAUGUGAUUGUGGCCUGCUCAGGUAACACAUCAUGGACCCUGAGGCUGGUGGAUGGCAGCAGCCGCUGCUCAGGAAGAUUGGAGGUGAACUUCCAAGAAGAGUGGGGCACGGUGUGUGAUGACGGCUGGGACAUUAAUGAUGCCACUGUGGUGUGUCGCCAACUGGGCUGUCCAUCUUCUAUCAUUGGCAUAGGUCGAGGAAAUGCUUCCGCCGGAUUGGGAAAAAUUUGGCUUGAUGAUGUUUCCUGUUAUGGAUAUGAAUCGGAACUCUGGUUAUGCGGGCACAGUGGGUGGGGAAGACAUGACUGCACUCACGGGGAAGAUGUUGGAGUGACCUGCUCUGGAAAUGAAACCUCAGUUUCUAUUAUUUACCCAAAUUUUCCCAAUGUCAAUUUCACCAAACACUCAUUUUACAAGGAAUUCGACAAAAAGAGGUUAUCCAUAGCCAAACCUGUUUAG